GGCUUCGCAAACUGACCUCGACCAUAUUUAAAGGAGUGUGAGUUUGGUUAUUGAUAACGAGCGAAUUGGUUUCCAUGCAUCAUCACCUGAAUAAUCCACCCGCAAAAGUAUCUGCAAUUAUACUAGUCAUUGUCGCCAACAAUCUUGCCUGCACCUUCUCUGUAGUGAUAAAGCCACGGAGUAGAGAUCUCUGGACGCUGCCGGCCGUUUUGAGUCCGAGAAUGUGAUGGAACUUAUCGAUAGUCGCUAUAGUGGUAAAUCAGAGCUAG